UUCUCUACAUGGGCAAGCAGCGCGCGGGCUCUCUCUCUGUCACUGUCUCUCUCUGUCACUCUCUCUCUGUCAAUCUCUCUCUCUGUCUCUCUCUCUCCUCUAAAUUCAUUGAAUGGAUAAUUAUUUUCAUGCACUUGUUUUUCUCGAGAAAUAGUUGUUGCCACACAUUGACUAUGGUAGUAUGGGUAGAAUUUUCGAGCUGUCCAGACAGAUUGCAGCUCAAUUUAGCUCGAUGUGCUGUGACUACUGGAUGUUCACAAUGAUGAAGGAGAAUAACACGAUACCUUUGCAAUCAUCACAUUCCUUCAAAGUUGCGCUGAAGCCUGUUUUGGAGCAAGUGAGCACAAGUGCACCAGGAAAAUGAAUCGUAUUGUGGGAGUACUUAUUUUUCUCAUUAGCUACAACUCAUUUGAUUCUAUUGUUUUUAAUGGAUGGUGGACUGUAAAAUCUGUAACGGAUACAGAGUGUCAAGAUUGGCUUUUUGUUCCUCUACUUGAUUUAUUAACUAGUCAAUACAGUGUAACAAUGUUUCAGAAACUUAAUAAUACAAUGCUUGCUAACAUACCUGUGAAUUACAACCUUUUUUUCUUUUUAUCAGUGAGCCCACAGGAGUUUCUGUUCUUCUUGAAAUUCCCACUUUGGAAGGAGGAAAGGUGCCGCAGUAUCAAGUGUUUGCCUCUAAAUCCAUCAGUGGGUGUACAUUGCGGCAGAAACCUGUCUCUCCUGUGGUACAAGACUUGUCAACGGAGCAGUCUUUUCUUGAAGAAGCGCUCUUUGUGCAAAGUGCCCUCAUCAAGCCCGUCCAGAAAAAAGGAGGUGUGACUCAGGAAAAUACUGUGUAUGAAAGUUUAUGUACAUGCUACAAUGAUCUGCUUGGACUCACAGCCCUGAACGUCAUGUCAUUAUGGGAAUGUGUAGAACAUGGGACUGAAGCAAGUAAUGUUACAAUGGUACUUCAUGUAGAUGAACAUGUUAAAGUGUAUAGAAAUUAUUUAAAUGUUCUUUGUGAUGUCAUAUCUAUUAGUGGUUUUAUGCAGAUAGCCAAACUUGUUGACAUUUCUCCUAAACUAGUGACUUUUUUCUCUGAAAGAUGCCAUGUUAAAAAGAAUCGGAAAAGCCAUGAAGUAAUAGUAUCUCUUGCAUUGUCUAGUCCUCUCACUCGUCUAAGCGUGUACAAGUUCAUGAUUCAGUCUUUGCUGAGAAGCAAUGCUAAUUCAGACCAAAGCCAAACUUCAAAGCAGAUAGUGCAAAAGAAGCUUCACGAUGCUCUAGCAAAAUGGGAACUGAUCUACGAUGAACAAGAAAAAAGAAAGAGGGAAGCCGAGACAACCCGACAAUUUUGGGAGAGCUCUGGACGAUUGAUGGAAUUGUUACGAGCCCCAAAUAGACGACUCAUUCGUGAAUCAAGAACAUAUCCAAUUUCUGUGUACAGUUCAGGACGGUUUUCUUCUCAUUGGCUGGUAUUAUUAUCAGAUGUGCUGGUCCAUGUUGUUGGUAGUUCGUGCACGACUCACCCUCUCAGUACAGUGUGGGUGGAGCCAUUACAAGAUACAGACACAAUGCAGAAUGCACUUACUCUUACUAUGCCAGAAGAAUCUCUUACUUUACACACACCAACAGCAAAUGACAAAAAGGAGUGGAUACAUUGCCUGCAAAAUUAUAUAAAGAAGAGCCUCCAAAAAUCUUUUGGUCAUCAACCUCCUGUUAUUCGCACUGCUACUUACACAUUUACAAAGCAUCUCCUCUAUAAGGAUGCUAAAUAUAUUGGCAGAUGGUGCUCUGGAAAGUUGCAAGGUGCAGGCAAGAUGCUGUGGCCGGAUGGCAAAGUAUACAUUGGUCAAUUUCAAAACAACAUGAUGCAUGGUUAUGGAUGCUUAGAAACACCUGGCAUCAGCACCUACGAAGGCCAAUGGAAGGAAGGGCAACAAAAUGGCCUUGGGUUUAUUAAGUAUGCUGGAGGUGACAUUUAUGAGGGGUACUUCAAAGAUGGCCAACCCCAUGGUCACGGUGUUCGCAAGCAAGGCCACUUUAUGGCUUCUGUCGCAUCUGUGUAUAUUGGUGAAUGGGUUGCAGGUGUUAAGCAAGGCUAUGGUGUAAUGGAUGACAUUGUGACAGGAGAGAAAUAUUUAGGGUGUUGGAGCAACAACAUGAAACAUGGAUGUGGACUUAUUGUGACUUUAGAUGGCAUUUAUUAUGAAGGAGUUUUCAUGCAAGAUGUUCUUACUGAUGGCACCCAUUACGAAGGGGAAUUUCGUUCAGUUGGAGUCUUCAGUGGCAAAGGAACAUUGACAUUUAAUAGUGGAGAUCGCUUGGAAGGAACCCUCUAUGGAGCAUGGAAUGAAGGUGUGAAAGUGACUGGCACCCUUCACAAAAUAACAUCAGACCAGGAGUCAAAACCCCAGUCAUUUGGAAAAUUGUGUGUAGCUGCCCAUCAAAAAUGGAAGGCAAUUUUCCGUCAGUGCUACGCACAGCUAGGUGUGACAGGAAUUUCAGAGACAGUAGCAGCCAAGACUGGUACUGGCUCACCCCGACCAAAUGUUGAUUUGCAAAAGAUUUGGGAGAAUGUGGCUGUUCUCAUUACAAGUUCUCGGCAAGAAGCCUUACGUCGCUCUCGUUCAGGUUUAAUCAAUGAGGAGUCAACAAAUGAUUCACUGGACACUAUUCCUCAGUUUGCCAGUGAGAAAUUGACAAAAGAGACCUACAAAGAACUACGUAAAUAUUUGGGCAAGCUCUGCUCCAUUACAGGACGAAUGUAUGAAGUAGUGCGCUUGCUUUUCCCUUCAUUGCCUGAACUGGGGCAAGGAUUAAAGCUUGAAGAUGAUGAAGAUGGGGAUGAAAAAAGAGGUUUGGUUCUUUCAAACUGUGAAUAUGUGAGUGCUGCUGCCUUACUGCAUCCAGUGCUGCUCCCUAGAGUUCACUCAGCCUUGUUUGUUCUUUACGCUCUACACCACAAGCAAGAAGAUGAUGCAUAUUGGAAGAGACUGCUGAAGUGGAACAAACAGCCGGACUCUACACUUAUGGCGUUUUUAGGCGUUGAUCAGAAAUUCUGGAUUAAGUAUUCAAGUCCAAAGAAUGUAGGAUGUGUUGAAUCAUUGCGUGCACUUUCUCCUCUUCAUGAGCAAAUGUUUCACGAUGCUGUGGAAACACUACAACAGUUGAAGACUACAUUUUCUCCCAUGGAAAAACUGCUAGUUAUCAGGAGUACACUUGAACAAAUGACUAGAGCUGUGCAAUUGGUUCUGGGAACAGACUAUUUAUGGUCAAUGGAUGACUUAAUUCCAGUCUUUCUUUUUGUAAUAGUUCGUUCUCAGAUUCUUCAGUUGGGAUCAGAAAUACAUUUUAUUGAAGAUUUCAUGGAACCUUACUUUCAAAAUGGUGAACUGGGUAUCAUGUUCACUACUCUAAAGGCAUGCUACAAUCAAAUACUGCUAGAAAAAGUCAGCAUGAGCAGCUAACUAGUCCUGCAUGUUAUUAGUAUGUUAUUUGAUAGCUGUUUAAUAUUCUAUUCUAAGUAUUUACAACAAAAAUGACAUAUCUUUAUUUUUAAAUGGACCAUGCUUUCAUUCUGUGAUUUGUUGUUAUUUGAAAUUUAAAAGAAAAUGUAAAUUUUGAUACAGUAUUUAUUUAUAUUUUGUGCCAUUAUAUUUUUGAUAAUUAUUAUGAUAUAUUAGGUUAAGCACUUUGAGAGGCUGUGGGUAAAUUUAAAAAAUAUGAAUGAACUUUAUCAUGUGCAGAAUCUGCUAAACUAUGAAAGUUUGUGUUAUGUUGUACCUGAAGACUGGUCAUUUACGCAAUACAUAUCUUUAAUUUUAAGGUGGAUCUAGACAAUCAACUUUUUGUCCCAUACACAAAGAACAGUUUUUACCCACAAAAAUAACUUAUGAACAAAAUAAAAUGUUGACUUAAUAGAACAUCCUUAAUCAUAUUAUGUUUCAAUUUUUCAAAUGACCUUUAAGAAUACUUUUGCUUUGGUAAAUUCAUUGGACCAGAAAACAUUUUCACAAAUUAUAGUAUAUAAACAUUGCACUUGAAUUUUGUGAUAUAUAAGAAAACAGUAAUUAUGUUGCAAAUUAGUUCUGAAAUAUAACUACAAUAUUCAUUUCUCCAUAACAUGUUAUGAUGUACAAUUUAAACAAUUGCCACAGUAUUCAUAUUAUGAAAUACUAAUUUAUGUCCUAAGAAUUCUCACAAAAGAAAUUGUCUGACAGCAGAGGAAGUGUCAGUUAAGAUAGGUUGUUCUUAAAGCACUUAUCAGUAAAUAUUCCUGUGAUUGCUGCGGUAGAAUUUAUUUUAAAUCUUCCUUAAACACUUCCUUAUCUGUUUCUUUCAUCUUGUGUCAAAACCUGCUUAAGGUGUACAUAUUUUCUUCUUAUGAUUUAAACAAAGCCCCAGUUUAGUUUUUAGAUACUGUUUGAUUGACAAUUAAUGUCAGCACAUUCAGAAAGAAUUUUUUUUCAAGCAAUGUGGCAAGGUCUGGCAAUUCAAGGC